UGGGCGAAGAUAGUGCGGCACAACUGUGCAAAACAUGUUCGCCGUUGGUGCAACUGAAUGGAGUCCACGGUUAUUUUGCACGACCAUAGCCGUUUUGUUGGCUGUCUGGUACUGGAGUUGGAGUCGAUCGCGUUUCGUACGGCUCAUCAAUGCAAUUCCAGGGCCUAAAGGUCUUCCAUUUUUGGGCAACCUCUUCGAUGUGAAUAUUGGCUACGACAGAAUUUUCCAUAAAGUAAUCUUUGAAUGGACUCAAAAAUAUGAUGGCAUAUUUCGCCUUUGGUUGACACACUAUUCCUAUGUUGUCAUUAGUUCACCGGAGCUGAUUGAGCCGAUUCUGUCAUGCCCAAUCAUCGGUCCAAAACCUAAAGAGUGUGACGCGAUCAAAGACUGUGUUGGCGACAGCCUCGGUUUUCUGGGAGGAGAGGAGUGGAAGCAGCGUCGCCGGAUGAUCGCGCCAGCGUUCCAUAACCAAAUCCUGAACGGUUUCAUCGACACCUUUAACGAGAAAAGCGUCGAAUUCGCCCGCUGUUUGGAUGAAGCUGUCGAAGCGCAUAAGGACGUCGAGUUCGAUAUUAUGCCCAUGAUGACACGAUUCGCUUUGGAUAUCCUUUGUGAGACGACCAUGGGGCGAAAGAGCAACAAUGAGGAGAAAAAGAAAGCGUAUCUUGAAAACACUAUGGCGAUUCACCGACUUAAUAUGGAACGUAUUCUGAAACCUUGGCUUCAAAUCAAAUGGAUUUUCAAAAUGAGUGCUCUCGGCCGCUUAAGCACAUAUUAUAUUGCUGCUGCCCAUGCAUUCUGCAAUGAGGUAAUCGAAGAUCGACGUCAAUUUCUGAAAGAAGAAAAAGAGAAGCAGGCCAAUCAGUCGGUAGAUGGUGAUGUUGUCAACAAUAACAUUGAGCAAGACAGCGACCUAUAUUCAUCAAGAAAGAGGCCUGCUUUCUUAGACACUCUAUUACAGGCUUCAGAAGAAAAUCCAGACUUCACUGACGCGCAAAUCAGGGAUGAAGUUAGCAUCUUCAUGAUUGCCGGUCAUGAAACAGUAGCCAUUUCUUUCGCAAAGUUCCUUUACCUGAUGGCGAAGCAUCCCGAGCAUCAGCAAUUAAUGGUUGACGAGUUGGCUGAGGUGUUUGGUGAUUCGAAUCGCCCUUGCACGUCAAACGAUUUCGCACAACUCAAAUACUUGGACUGUUGCAUCAAAGAGACGAUGAGGUUGUACCCCGGCCUCCCUAUAAUGCUUCGUUCCAUUCCCGUAGACACCCAAGCAGGUGAUUACACGAUUCCCAAGGGCGCGACGGCGGUAAUCAACUUAUAUGCAACGCAUCACAAUCCUUCCUUUUUCCCUGAUCCCGAAUCUUUCAAGCCGGAACGGUUUUUUCCGGAGAAUAGUAUAGGGCGUCAUCCGUAUGCCUUUAUUCCAUUCAGUGCUGGUCCUCGUAGUUGUAUUGGUCAAAAAUACGCCAUGUACGAGAUGAGAGUCGUGAUGGCCAACUUACUUCGCCAGUUCCGUUUUUCCGUCUCCGAUCCAUCCGCACCGCUAGAAAUUCCUUCCGUUGCCAUCGCACUAAAGGCUCGCAAUGGCGUUCGUCUGAUUGCUUCUAGGAGAUCUAGCUUCCCUUAAGAAGAUGCAAACAUCUGGGCCUUCUGUAGUUGUAGACUGUAAGGAACUUUGUUUAAAAAAAAAACUAGCAAUCGCAAGAUCUAGUUAGAUAUAGUAGAUCUAGUGGUCAACUGAUCUGCUUUAGAAAUUCUCUAGGCCGCAGAGUUAUUUAAGUAAUUGGCUUUUAUGUUGAAGUGUUUAAGUGCAUUUGUCUUUGUGAUGUCCCCGCGCCUAGGCAAACGCCUGCGUUCAAUGGAAAAUCGAUAUCGUCAAGUAUAUAA